UGUACUCUGUGAACAAACUGUCACGCAUGAUGACAGCUGUUGUAAAAACUGUGCUUUUUGUUUUCAUCUUGUUUGCAACCCUUCUUUCUAAUCUCUUCCACUUUCACGAAAACGAAAAACACGGCAUCUGCGCAAAAAAUGCGCGUAUUUUAUCCGCAUGGCUAGUCUGAAUGUCGCAGAAUGGACGCCGGAUCAGGUGGCGGACUGGUUGUCAGGGCUGGGGCCGCCGGUGGCGCGCUACGGGCCGGCGCUGCGCGCGCGCGGGCUGGACGGGCGGCGCCUGCUGCUGCUGCGCUGCGACGACCUGGAGCACCUCGGCCUGCGCGUCAUCGGCCACCAGGAGCUGCUGCUGGAAGCCGUUGAACAUUUGAGGAACUUCCAAUACGAGUCGCGGCGCGAGUGCGUGCAGCAGCUGGCGGCGCGCGUGUCGGGCGCGGCCACGGCGCUGGCGCGGGCGCUGCGCCGCGCGCCCGACGCGCGCCUCGACACGCAGGCGCUCGCCGACGUCGCCGCCACCGUGCGCGCCGUCAAGCCGCUCGUCUGCUGGCUCGACAGGUGGCCGCUGCUGGGCGGCGUGCUGGCGGAGCGCAAGGCGCAGCUGCUGCAGCUGGCGCUGGAGGCGGCCACGAGCGCGCAGCGCGACCGCUUCGCCGAGCAGCCCGCGCGCGCCGUGGCCGCCGCCGCCGCCGCCGCCGCCGCCAGCGCCGACUACAUCGUGCAGGACGUGUCGGACCCGAUGAUCCUGCAGCCGGCGUCGCUGGACGCGGUGACGCUGCGGCAGGGCGCCAAGCCGCUGGGCUUCACCGUCGUGCCGUCCUUCUGCGGCCACCACCAGCUCGCCGACAUCCGCUUCGGCUCGCCCGCGCACGCCUCGGGCGCCGUGCACGACGGCGACGAGAUCGUGCAGGUGGGGUCGCAGUGCGUGAUCGGCUGGAGCGGCGAGGCGGUGCUGGCGCUGUGCGGCGCGAGCGGCGCCGAGCUGGCGCUGCGGCUGCGGCGCCGCGCCGCGCGCCCGUCCGCGCUCGCCGCGCCGCCGCUGCUGCGCGCGCGCUACCGGCUCAACCACCUGCCGCUGCGCCGGGACAGGUGA